GAGCGCAGCCCGGACGCGGGCCGGGGCAGCGCCGCCGGCUGAGUGUCGUCCGCAAGUAGUGGCCGCAGGGUACUCCCUCGUCGUCGUGGUCUGGGCGAUCGAGCGGUGAGUGCAGGCAGGUCGCCGCCCAUCUCCAGGACAAAGCCCUACUUGAAAGUGAAGAGGAGCCCGAGGGAGCACGCGUGCGCCUGCCCGGGUGCGCGUCAUGACGUUUAGCUAGCCGGAGGAUCGUGAGCAUGAAGCACGGCGCCGCGCAUGGUGACGUCCUUGUGGACGGCGUCCGGGAGGCCAACGCCUGGUCGGACAGAGUCGUGGGGGACGGCGUCGCAGAGGAUGGCGUCGAGGAGGAUAGCGUCGUGGAAGACGGCAACGCGGAGGAGGCCAACGCGGAGGACGGGGUUGUGGAGGGUCAAAGAGCUUCGAUGAUGGAGGCGCUGCCGUCGGAGCUGUUGCUGCUGGUGCUGGGGCUGCUGCCCACCUAUCUACUUUCGUCGAUUCCCUUGGUUUUUUCGACAUCAGAAAUUCCUGAUUUUUUUUGGAGGGUGACGCCGCACCAGCCCCCUUUGCUGUACGACCCCAGGCAGCCGCAACAGCAGCAGCAGCAGCAGCAGCAGCAGCUCGUGUCCCUGCCCCAGGACGGCCAACAGGAGGGCCAGCAACAGCCUCUCGAGCUGCACGUGCAGCCCGGGCUCACGCAGGAGCAGGUGGCGCUGGCGCAGGAGCAAGAUCAG